CCAGUCUGGAGUUUUCCGCUCCACCGUGGUUCAUAUCUUCAAGGUGACGGAUGCCCUGCAACGAGUCAGGGCGAGCCUUGCAGACUCUGUGAUGAAAUUCAAAAUGCGUAAAAAAGACAAGUUACUUUGACAGCGAAGCAACACGUGCCGCGGGGGGCACAUUAAAUACUAUGGCAACUUUGUGGGUUUACUUACAGUCUCUCCGCAGCUCCGCACAUGAGUAGUUCAAGGGCGCUCCCAAGUUUCUGAAGCCAACAAGUUUUUUACUUCGAGCUUCCACCCGCAGCCAAUCGUGUCAUGUUGGAUAAAUUUGGACUGCAGAGCGCAGGUGUGCCCGUCUCCAGCGCGGACCUCCAGCUCAAACUGACGGAUAACAAGAGCAGCCUGGCCGCAGCAGGGAUGGGGAUGGAGAACGGCACUGGGAAGAAACUCAUAGAGAUAACUGGACCGGCUUUAUCCAAAAGAAAACUUCUGGUCGGCUUAGACCUCCUCUGCCUCUUUCUUGCUUCCAUCCCUUUAUUUGCAUGUGAGCUGAAGGCUGUGAGUCCUUACAGAAGGGGCUUCAUUUGCGGGGACUCCAGCAUCACCUAUCCUUAUCUGCACCGAGAGGCCAUACCAGAUGAAUUACUCAUCGCUGGCGGCAUCAUCAUCACGGGCCUCACUAUUGCCCUUGGGGAGUGUUACCGGGUUCGCUUCAGAGGCGUCCGCUCCAAGGCCUUUGUCAGGAACCUGUAUGUGUCCUGCCUGUACAAGGAGCUCGGCUGCUUCCUGUUCGGCUGCUGUGUCGGCCAAUCACUGACCAACAUGGCCAAGCUGAGCGUUGGGCGGUUGCGACCACACUUCCUGUCUGUGUGUGGUGUCACCUAUGCAUCGCUUAACUGCACACCUGGAACCUACGUCGCAACAGUGAACUGCCGCCAGCCUGACCACCGGUUGGAGGAGGAGGCCAGGAAGUCCUUCUUCUCUGGGCACGCUUCCUUUGCGAUGUACACAAUGCUCUAUUUAGCAUUUUAUCUGCAGGCGCGGUUGACAUGGCGUGGGGCUCGGCUGCUGAAGCCGGCGCUGCAGUUCUUCCUGGUUCUGCUGGCAGUCUACACAGGUCUGACCCGCAUCUCAGACUACAGGCACCACCCGUCCGACGUGCUAACAGGCUACAUACAGGGAGCCCUCACUGCUUACUGGGUGGCCUUCCACAUCUCAUCCAUGUUUAAAACCUCGAGUUCAGAUCUGUCUCCGACUGAGACCCUGGACAGCCCCUUGUCCCCCCACCAUACUGUCUGCUAAACCUCACCUCCACCAGCCCCUGCGUGUACCAACAUCCGCCUGUAGUCUGGUUUGGAUAGACAAGAGAUUCGAAGAAUGUGAGACCAUUUCCUGUGAAGUUAAACCACAUACCUCAGUAUUUGGACAGAGCGUGAGAGAGAGAGAGGGAGAGUAGAGCUUGUGAGAUACUGUAUCAGAGAAAACAUAUGAACUGAGAGAAAGGAAGAGGGAGGGUGCUGAAAACUAUACUGGCUGCUCGACUGGAGUGUUGUGUAAGCAGCCCGAGUACUUAACCCUUUGUCCUUAUGACUGACCUUAACUUCACAUGUGAUACUUACCUGUGAGAUGAGACGACUGAAUCCUGAACACAUACCACUACCACUGUAUUCGUCACCUGUAAAUAUAUACAGAUUUUGUACAACUCGAAUGAUACUGUAAAACUACUUGUUGAUUUCUGUUAAUUAUUGUAUUAUUAAUUACCGCUUUGUAAGGAUUUGGUAGGAUGUAAUAUAUUUUGUACACACGUGAUAUAUGUUUUAGCUGUUGUUUUUUUUUUUACAUAAACCCAGUGAAUGUAAUGGUGUUGAAGGAAAGCAAAAAUAGCGAGAAAGCAACUCAUUUUUCCUAAUGUGUUGUACGAUUUAGAUGUGGCGGGAUGUGUCCAUCCUCCUGUGUGCAGUGUGUUUUACACGUAGUUACACAUAGUUUAUUAAUGAGAGAAUGACUAUGAGAAUGUCUACACAAUAUAUAUAAUCCAUGUUUGAAAAGUAUGGACUCUACUAGUUCUCUGACUUUUUUUAUAAUGCUAAUGUAUGUUGCAAGUCUACUUACCAGUCCAAGAGCACACAGAUCAAUAAAUAAAACUGUGAUUUAAAAAAAUAUAA